AUGCCGGUGUCAGAAAGCAGGGGUUAUGGUGUACAACAUGCAAGCUGGCAACCUCGGUGGUUCCUUCUCUGUGGUGGCAUCCUGUCCUAUUAUGACUCUCAGGAAGAUGCCUGGAAGGGCUGUAAGGGAAGCAUCCAAAUGGCUGUUUGUGAAAUCCAAGUUCAUCCUGCAGAUAACACACGAAUGGACCUGAUUAUCCCAGGGGAGCAGUACUUCUAUCUGAAGGCAAGAAAUGCAGUUGAAAGGCAAAAGUGGCUGGUUGCACUUGGAACUGCCAAAGCCUGUCUGACUGACAGCAGGACACAAAAGGAAAAAGAGUUCACUGAAAACACAGAAGCCUUGAAGACCAAAAUGUCUGAACUUAGACUGUACUGUAACCUCCUUGUUCAGCAAGUGCAUAAAACAAAGGAAGCCAGCAUUUCUGGUGUGUCAGAACCAGAGAGUGAGAUUGAUAUGGGAGCUCUGUUGAAAUCAACCUGUGACACUUUCCUGAAGACUCUUGAAGAAUGUAUGCAGAUUGCAAAUACUGCCUUCACUUCUGAGUUACUGCAUCAGACCCCACCUGGAUCCCCAAAUUUAGCAGUUCUCAGAACAAGCAAGGUAAAGCACUCUGUCUUGUCCAGUCACACCUCAACAGAAAGGCAGGUGGAAUUGAACCCCUGUGAAAAUGGCUGUGUAAAAGCAGAAAUCAACCAUCAAGAGCAAGCAGUUAUUAAAAAUAUGGAAUGUUUAAACUUGGAAACAAAUGAGGGGGCUGGUGAUGUUUAUGUUGAAGAUCAUAUAGUAAAGGAUUUGGCAGGCAUUAAAGAUGAUAGAGAGGACAAGCUGCAAGCUGUAGAAGGAUGUGGUGCCCACAAGAUGCUGCAGUCAGAAACAAAUUCUUUAAGUGGAUUGACUCUGUGUGAGGAGGAAAGAAAUGAAAAUGAUUCUCCUACCUUCUUCAGUGUCAUGAGCAAUAGGUUCAGUGAUAUUGAGCUUCGGGAGGAGGAGGGCAUACCAACGGAGGAGUUCCUGGAGUCGUGUUACGCAAUUGUGCCUGUUCUGGACAAGCUGGGACCGACUGUUUUUGCUCCAGUUAAAAUGGAUUUUGUAGGCAACAUCAAGAAAAUAAACCAGAAAUUUAUAACCAACAAAGAAGAGUUUGAUACCCUUCAGAAGAUUGUGCUCCAUGAAGUGAAUGCAGGUGUAGCACAAGUUAGAAACUCUGCUACAGAGGCUCUCCUGUGGCUGAAAAGAGGUUUAAAGUUCUUGAAAGGGUUUUUGACAGAAGUGAAGAAUGGGGAGAAGAAUAUCCAAACAGCUCUGAACAAUGCUUAUGGAAAGACGUUACGGCAGCACCAUGGUUGGGUUGUCCGCGGGGUCUUCGCUUUAGCUUUAAGGGCAGCUCCAACGUAUGAAGAUUUUGUGGCAGCUCUGUCUGUAGAUGAGUGCGAUCCUCAGGAAGAAACAUUUUACAAAGGAAUGCAGAGGGACCUCAACAUUUACUUACCAGCCAUGGAAAAGCAGCUAAAUAUCUUGGACACUCUCUAUGAAGUACAUGGUUUGGAGUCAGAUGAGGUGGUAUAACUACAGCAAGACCACAUCUUAAAAAUUCAGGGACUGUGUCUGUUAACAAAGAUUCCUUCCAUUUUGGUUUUGGGACAUCAUUUCUGUUCAUUGUAUCUUUUCAGGUGGGAAAGGUGCUGAGUGUUUUGGGGGAAGGGUAUGUGUGAUUUUUAUAUUUUCAUUAGGCUUGUGUUGCGUUUAAAUGCAGAGGUACUGUCUCUCUUUGGAUCAUAACUAUGUCCGUGGUGAAUGUUUUUGACUGUUUCUCUUCUGCCUGUGCACCUCUUCUUCUCUUCACCUCAUAAAAGUAACAGAGUAGAAUUUGGCCUUUGCUACUGUACCUAAGGAGAGACCUGCUCAUGCAGCAGAGCUGUUGUGUCAACACUUGGCACCCAGGCAGGUGCUGCUGCCUCUGACUCUCCCAUUCCCUGUGCCCACUCCCUGCCAUGGUGUAGGAGGAUAGUGAGAGUUAUUGUUACCCUGGUAGCAGAAGAGAAGGACAGCUAAACACCAGCUUACAAUGUGGUGAGUUUGUCCUUCAAUUUGGGUUGAAGCUCUUUAAUGCAAAUAAUAUAUUUGCAUGGCAUAGAUAUUUAUUAAAUUAAAUAAACAUUUUAAUCCAAAUAUUACAGAGAUCUUCACCACAGGUGUAUGUGGCUGGUGGUCUGAGCGGCCCCAAGGUGUAGACUUUCAAACAGGAUGUUGUGUUCCCUGACCAGCUCCCAGUAUGUGCUGUGGCUUCCCUGCCAUAUAAACCUUUUAGGUUUUUGGGGUUUUUUGAAUCAAAUUAAUGCAAAACUGUAAUACUUGCUUUUAAGUUGAGUACAGCUAGCAGUUUGAAAAGCAGAUGUCAUUAAAAUCUUUCCUAAACUGUCAUUAUGGGCAGAAACUACAUGCAAGGGGACCUGAAAUGAGUAAAGUAUACGGGAAGCUAAAAUUUGUGAUGGAGCUAUUAAACAUGGGACCAAUU